GCCGUGAAGGAAACUGCUUCCCGAUCUUAGAGCGAGAGAGUGUAAACUUUGAGGUUAGAGAGAGAGUGAGAAGAAAACCUUAGAGGUUAGAGAGAGAGAGAGAGAGAGAGAGAGAGAUGUCUGGAAGAGGGAAGGGAGGAAAGGGGUUGGGAAAGGGCGGAGCAAAGAGGCACAGGAAGGUUCUGAGAGACAACAUUCAGGGCAUCACUAAGCCUGCAAUUCGUCGCUUGGCUCGAAGGGGUGGAGUUAAGAGGAUCAGUGGCUUGAUUUAUGAGGAAACCAGAGGAGUCUUGAAGAUCUUCCUUGAAAAUGUCAUCAGAGAUGCCGUCACUUACACAGAGCACGCAAGGAGGAAGACUGUGACCGCCAUGGAUGUGGUCUAUGCUCUCAAGAGGCAGGGGAGAACCCUCUAUGGUUUUGGCGGUUAAUACUCUACUUUCAGCAGAGCUUUAUCCCUCUCAACUUCUCUCUUUUUCUUCCAUCGUUCUCUAUCUGGAAAAUGGAAUCCCUUGACUCUUUUUGUUUCUGUUAACCUCGUCCUUUCUCUUGGAUCUUCUUGCUGCAGAUGCUUGAUCUCUUCAUGUUAUAAGGUUUCUUCUUCUUUCGCUUCUUUUUGUUCUACUCUCUGGUUUUCGAUCGAAUGUAAAUUAUGUUAAAGGAAAUUUAGAAUGGAUGAAUGGAUCAUUAUGUGCGAUGUUUUGUUUCA